UCUCUCUCUGUCUCUCUUCGUCUCUCUUCGCCCCUGCUCCCUCCCUCCCUCCUUCUUUCUACCUGAUUCAGAUCCGUUCCGACGCUAUGCGUAUGACCGCGUAUCUCUCUGCAAGGCGAGCACCACCGGAGAGACCCGCACGCUGCUGCUGCUGCUGCUGCUGCUGACCGCGAGCACCUAAACGCCGGCUGACGAGCGACCCAGGCCGGGCAACAGGAGCGGGAGACGCCGCCGCUGAUUAACCUCCGGCGGAGGAGAAGGUGGACGAAAUUAACGUACGAAGAGUUGGCCCUGGAUAGAGAGAUCGGCAAGAGGAGGAGUGUGGCGUCCCAGAGCCUGCCGUCCCAUUCAUCAUCCUUUCCUCUCUUCCUCUUCUUAGCCAAGCUUUUACCUCGCCAAACUCCACUCUUUCAUCUCUUCUUCCCCUCAUUUAUUCCUCCUACUCUGCAACUGGCCAACUUUUCAUUCACACCUGUGCCUUCUCUCUUUCUCUCUAUUCUUCCCUCUCUGUUCCUUUGCUUUUGACUGGGAGCUCGUCAUGGCCUCUAAACUGAACCCCAACGUCCUGUAUGUGGCGGAGCACGGCGAGUCUCUGGGCUCACCCCAAGCUGACUCUGAAAACACUCACAUUACUGGAGAAGCUGGAGAAGAGUCAUCAGACAGCGACGGGGAACAAGAAGAGACGUCGCACAAGUUAAUCCGCAAAGUGUCGACCUCAGGACAGAUAAGGGCCAAGAAAAGUGUGAAGGAGGGAAUCCUGUUAAAGCAGACCAGUUCUUUCCAGAGAUGGAAGAGGAGGUACUUCAAACUCAGAGGCAGGACCCUCUACUAUGCCAAAGACUGCAAGUCUUUGAUUUUUGAUGAAGUGGACCUAUCAGACGCCAGUGUGGCCGAGACCAGCACCAAGAACAUCAACAACAGCUUCACGCUGAUCACUCCAUUUCGCAAACUAAUGUUAUGUGCCGAGAGCAGGAAGGAAAUGGAGGACUGGAUCGGCGCUCUUAAAUCUGUCCAGAAAUGGGAAACCUAUGAGGCCAGCCAGUUCAACAUGGAGCAUUUCUCUGGGAUGCACAACUGGUACGCCUGCUCGCACGCCAGGCCGACCUUCUGCAACGUCUGCAGGGAGGCUCUGCCAGGCGUCACCUCCCACGGCCUGUCCUGUGAAGUUUGUAAGUUCAAGGCUCAUAAACGCUGUGCAGUUCGCUCCACCAACAACUGCAAAUGGACCACCCUGGCGUCCAUAGGAAAUGACAUCAUUGAGGAUGAGGAAGGGGUGUUUAUGUCCCACCAGUGGCUGGAAGGCAACCUGCCGGUCAGUGCCAAAUGUGUGGUGUGUGACAAGAACUGUGGCAGCGUGCGGCGGCUGCAGGACUGGCGCUGCCUCUGGUGCAAAGCCAUCGUCCACAACAGCUGUAAAGAACAAAUGGGUAAGGUGUGUCCCUUGGGUCAAUAUCGAGUGUCAAUCAUCCCUCCCACUGCACUUAACAGCAUCGACUCAGAUGGCUUCUGGAAGGCCACCUCAGCAUCGUGCUCCAGUCCUCUCCUAGUCCUGGUCAACUCCAAAAGUGGAGAUAACCAGGGAGUGAAGUUCCUCCGCAAAUUCAAGCAGCUCCUCAACCCAGCUCAAGUCUUUGACCUGAUGAAUGGAGGACCAGAGCUUGGCCUGCGCCUUUUCCAGAAGUUUGUGACGUUUCGUAUCCUGGUGUGCGGAGGAGAUGGCAGCGUGGGCUGGGUGCUCUCAGAACUGGAUAAACUCAACCUCCAUAAACAGUGCCAGCUGGGCGUGUUGCCUCUGGGCACAGGUAACGAUCUGGCUCGGGUUCUGGGCUGGGGAGGCCUCUGUGACGACGACGCUCAGCUGCUGCAAAUCCUGGAGAAGCUGGAGAGAGCCACCACCAAAAUGCUGGACCGAUGGAGUGUGAUGACAUACGAGGUGCCUGCCACCACUAAACGCACACCGAUAGUGAAAGAAGACGACAGUCUUGAUUCUCCUCUGCAGGUCCACAUCACUCAGUAUGCAGACUCUGUGGCCUCCCACCUCGCCAAGAUCCUGGACUCGGACAAACACAGUGACGUCAUUUCCUCUGCCAAGUUUCUGUGUGGGACGGUGAAUGAUUUUGUGGCGGAGGUGGGGAAGGCGUACGAGAGAGCCACAGAGAACAAGGAGGAGGCAGAUGCCAUGGCAAAGAAGUGUGCAUUGCUGAAUGAGAAGCUUGAUUCCCUCGUCAAGGCCUUAAGUGAGGAAGCAGAGGCUCAGGUGGUGCCAGCUGGUUCGGUGCCCAGCCAGGAGAGUGGUGGCUCGAGCCCUGUCGAAAGUGGCGGUGAGUCAGGUUCAGAGGGUAAAACAUACCGGUCCAAGGAGCAGCUGAUGCUCAGGGCCAACAGCCUGAAGAAAGCCCUGAGGCAGAUCAUCGAACAGGCCGAGAAAGUGGUGGAUGAGCAGAACCAACACACGCAGGUCCAGAGAAUGUCGUCCUCGACCUCCAUCAAAAGAGAAAACAGCGAGGAGCUGAAGGAUGCUGAGCCACGUCAAGGAAGCUUAAGUCCCACCUCCCCCAUUGUCCUUGAGAAACCAGAGAGCCUCCACACUGUCACAUUCAGCGAGGACACUGUACAAUGCUCAGAGAAGUGUGUCAUGAACAACUACUUUGGCAUCGGCCUGGACGCUAAGAUUUCCCUCGAGUUCAACAACAAGAGAGAUGAGCACCCUAAAAAAUGCAGCAGUCGCACCAAGAACAUGAUGUGGUACGGAGUGCUGGGGACGAAAGAGCUGGUCCAGAAGACGUACAAGAACCUUGAGCAGAGGGUUCAACUGGAGUGUGACGGUGUUCCCAUGUCUCUGCCGAGUCUGCAGGGCUUGGCUGUGCUCAACAUCCCCAGCUAUGCAGGAGGUAUCAACUUCUGGGGAGGCACCAAAGAAGAUAAUAAUUUUGGCGCUCCGUCAUUUGACGAUAAGAAGUUGGAGGUGGUGGCGGUGUUUGGCAGCAUGCAGAUGGCCAUGUCCAGAGUCAUCAACCUGCAGCACCACCGCAUUGCACAGUGCCGCCAGGUGAAGAUCACCAUCCUCGGGGAGGAGGGGGUCCCUGUGCAGGUGGACGGAGAGGCCUGGAUCCAGCCGCCGGGCAUCGUCAAGAUCGUCCACAAGAACCGAGCGCAGAUGCUCACCAGAGACAGGGCGUUUGAGAGCACGCUGAAGUCAUGGGAGGACAAGAGGAAGUUUGACAGCUACCGCGACAGCAGACCCCGCCUUAACUCCCAGCAGUCCAUGGAGUACCUGACGGAGGAGGAGUGCGCUCAGGUUCAGCAGCUGGGCGUUGUGGCCGACACGCUUAUCAACAAGAUUCGUGAGGCAGCCAAGACUCACAUGCUGGUGGAGCAAGAGUUGGCUCACGCCGUCAACGCCACCGCCCUGGUGCUCACAGAGGCCAAACUGUCCAGCCCUGAGUGUCUAAGUCGCAGCACCGCGGUGGAAAUCGUCAACAGCAGUAAAGUUCUCCAGGUUGAGACUAGGAUGCUGCUCGAUGGAAAACUACUGUCUGAUUCUCCAGAGGAAGAGGAGCUCCGGUCAACCCUUAACAGCCUCAGUGCCGAGCUCCACAAGCUGGAUGACAUCCACUGGAUCUGUCCUCUCAUGCAAUGCUCCGAGGAGGACUCAGUGAGAGGCAGCAAUAAGAGCAGCAGCAGUAUAAAGCUGAAGCUCAUACCCAAGGUGAAGAAGGAGAGAGAGAAGCUCCACAAGCAGAAGUCCAACAGCUCUCUCUCAGGAAAUUGGGAAAUCAGAGGUGGGACUGGAGAGGCAGACUCCUCGGGCAAUUGAAGUCCUGCAUGAGGUGCUUAAUACCGACCCCCUCAUUACCCUGACAGCCAGGGGUGAGGAGCACCCCUCCUGUUCUCCUCUCCUCCAACCGUGAUACCCAGUGGCCUGACAGAGGUGUGAGGAAGAAAAGGAAAUCUUUCCAACGUUUAUGCUAUUUCCUCCCUGCUUCUUUGUCCUCCAUUUUGCAGGGGGGACUUUUGUUCUAUUUCUUGUUUUCUGUUGUUGAAGGGGCCUGGCUUUGCAUUGCAUUGCUUCACCACUGGGGUUCUGCUUUUGGUUCUGUUUACCCGCUUGAGUUUGGAAGUCACCGUGGCCAGCAGCGAAUCAAACAAAGGACAAGGGAGGCGUGGAACGAAAAUGUUCUUGCAGAUGUUUAUUUUAUUUUUUUUUUUUUGGACAAAGAAAUGUGUUUACGUGGUGCACUCCUUGCAUGUCGAGUGCAGCCAUAUUAUUUCAUCAUUAGUUGUUACACUCUUUUAAUUAUUUUCUCUCUAACUUCAAUUUUAUUAUAAUUUUAUUUCUGAACUUAUGAACAGCCAUUUAGACUUUGAUUUUUUUCUCCAGACUUUUUGAGGAGUAUUUAUUUCUUGUUGCUACUGCCAUGAGAACUCAAAGGGCAACAAAAUGAACAAAUCAAAAUAUCUCAACUUUAUUGUCUACUGAACUUGAGAAUAUCUUAAAUGUGCAAAAAAUGUACUGAGGAAUGUACUUGUGUGGACUUGUAUUAACCUGUGAAUAAUGUUAAAUGAUAAAUCAUAUAAGGUUUCACAAAGGUUCUACUGUGGUGGUUCUAAAGCGGUUCUUAAUGGGCUGUUGUCUGACUUGUGUGAUCCGAGGCUAUGCUUUAUGAUGAGUCAUUUCAUCUGGAAUUCAACCUUUUGGAAAGAUCUGACUGAGGGAUUAAAGUACGGACAUCAAUCAAUUAUCAAGGUCUAACAUUUGACUCGUGGGAGUCAAAAAAAUUCAUCCCACUGAUUUUAAGAACCAAUAGGAGGUACAGCACCAGAUGAAGUGACUCAUUAAGUCUUUUUUGGCAGUGUAUGGUGAAGGUGUUUACAGAAGGAGGAAGCAUCAAGGACACAUCAACAAAACAUUACAGCCACUCAGUAUAUUACUCCUACUUUGCCAUACUACUGAUUGUAUAUGUAAUAUAAGAAUAAGGGUCAGUGGAUAUUUGGUUUUUGCCUCGUCUGUGAAAAGCUAUUGUUACAUUAUUAUUAUUGCAAAUAUAUUAUCUAUUUUUUUGUAUAUCUUAUUUUCCCAAUGGUAACCUGUGAAACUGUCCUGGCUUUGCUGCUUCCCCCUUUGACAAACUCUUUGGCCAAAGUGCAUAUAAUCAAAGUCAAUUAAUGCUGUUCUGUGUGUCCCUGCAUGCAUGCAUACUUAGCCUUCCUUCGCCUCACAGUGUUAGGCAGCAGUUGCCUCAAAAUAGUGAGUUGCAGCUUGUUUGUACCGACCAGCAGCAUUUGUGGAUUUUUAUUUGUUUUAACUUGCUUGACUCACCAUUUAGUCUAGGUUGUACUGCAAGAGGACGUUUAUUUAGCCAAAACACUUAAAUGUCUGCCAAUACUUUACGGUGUAGUCCAGUCUUCAAGAGAGUGCAUUGAUUUACACCGACAGGGUUCUCCAAGCCGGUAUAACAACAAGAUUUCAUAUAUCUUGAGCACGUGACACUAUCGUGGAUUCAUGUGCUGCUGUUAGGCAACUUCUAUCAAGGUUUACAUUAAUGUUUUUGAAAGGAAUGGUUUAGACAUUUUAGAGGAAAUUUGCUGUUACUGCAAAAUAGAUGGGAAAAUGUAUGUCUUCUUCAUCUCUAUGCAAUCAGUAAAAAAGAGAAAGCUCCCAGAUGUGCUUAACAUACUUAAAAAGGACAAAAGUCAUGUGUUAUUUACACAUAGCUUAUUAUCUAGCAAAUUAGUUCCCAAAUGUGUAAUCCAAUUAGUUGUUAAACAGCAUUUUCUUUUACUAAAGGUGUUAAAUGUACACAUACAGUAAAUAAGAGGAAUAAAUACAUAACUCUGAUAGCCCUUAGCUAGCUGUUUCUUCUGCUGUGUUUAGGCAUAAGCUAGGCUAAAGUGAUGAAGCUAACUCCCUAUUGACUGAACAGAGGUGAAUUUUGACAUAUUUCUUCUGCAUUAAUGUAAAUUUCUUUAAAUGUCUAGUAUUACUACUAAGUUUUAAUUGCCAGGAUGUAAUAAAGAAGCACUAGUCAAGAAUAAACAUGAGUCAAAUACUAGCUACAAAUGUCCCAUAGGUGGAGUUAACCAUAGGAAAGUGUUUAUUUUCAUGAUAGACCACUUGCCUAAAGUUGAUUUGUUGUGAUGCAACUCUACCACUUUCAAAACUACAAAAAAGGGACAUAACAAUGUUAAGACACUGACUCGCGUCUAAUCAAGGCAAACUAAGUGUUUUUCAAGCUUUUACUUGGAUAUUACAUCCACAUACGAGGCUGUAAACUGGUAAUGGAUCAUUUCUGUUCUUUUUUUUACCAAUAAUGUAAAGGGUUAGUUCUUGAUUUUCUCUGUUAUUUAAAAAUGUUUUUCAUGAAAAAUAACCCAAACUAACUCCUGAUAGGACAGAGUUACUGUGAGGCGUUGUAGAUGUUCAGCUCUGGUAGAAUUGUGCUACUGUAUCCAUAGUGUGCCAGCUAUACGCUCUACACCUUAGAGGCUUAAGUGGUGUCGUGCCAAGUUUGUACUGAGUUCAGUGGGCUAUGAGACAUACAAGGUGUGUGUGAGAGUGUGUGAGCUUCAGAUGCGGAAGUUGUAUGUUGUACAUUUCAAAGUUUACUGUAUCUUGCCUUGCACUUUACGAAGAAGCAAACUUAAUGGGGAAAAAAAGACAUUUGUGUGCAUGUGUGCGUGUGUGUGUGUGUGUGUGUGUGUGUGUGUGUGUGUGUGUGUGUUGAAGAUUUAAAGUGUUUACGAGUAUUGUUUUUUUUAAUUGAUUUGUUGACAAAUCUUUUAUUUAUGAUAAAUGUAUACGGACAAGUGUGUUGAUAAAAUGUAUAUAUCUAACUAAACGUAAAAGAAUGAUAAAUGUAUAGAGAUGUAUACACGUUUAUUACAUCAGUGGUUGUACAAUUACUCCCACAGCAGCUUGAGAUCUCCCAAUUAACGUCAAUGUUAUUACAUGUGAUUAUGUGUCAUUCCACUGCCAUAGCAAUGCCAUUGAAAUGUCUUUCCAAUGUUACACCAAUUGGUAUUGAAAUAGUAUUCUCCAAAUGUAACCAAGGUAAGGUUAUUCUAACUUUAAGCCAAAGUUAUUUGAAUUCUCUAGUGUUAUUAAAGACUACUAAUGAAUCGAUUAACACAAAAAGAGAUGUCCUAUUCAGCCUGUUAAACCAUGUUUAACCAACAUUUGGGUGAACUUUCUGUGUAUAAUUUAGAAAACUUUAAAACUGUAACAUCUAUUGAGAAAAUCUACUUUAUGCUUUAAUUUGCAUUUGUUGUGCUAAAAACGAACACAAAGAUGUGUCCAGUUACGGAACACACAUUUGUGGAAGCUAUUUCUGGGAUAAGAAUAACUAGUUGCCUAUAUUUCAUGGUCUUUUAACCAAGGAUUUCAUAGUUUUUCUUUUAAAGCAUAAUUUUUUUGUUAUUUUGUAUGAGUGUCAUUUUUUUUUUUCAUACAGCAAAAAUGUCAUUUUUUUACUGAAACUCUUCCAAAGAGUUGCAUGGAGCGGAGAAAAUGAAAUCAACCCCCAGGUUACAAACCCCCACCAUGUUUGUGCAACAGUAUUCCAUGGACAUUUGUGAACGCACCACCUGAUCUGAACAGCCAAAAUAUUUAAGACUGUGUGCGCAGUGCUGGAAGCCAGACUAGAUGUUGCACGACCUUGUACGUUGCGAGGUGUUUUAUUGUGUUAUCGUGUGCAGUGUGUAACAAAGAAAAAGUCAGCGCAACCCUUUGGACAUUAAAUUAAUUAUUGAAGUGUGAA